UUUUCUUCAGAGGAAAUGGAUAUGAGUCAUCAACAUGCAGUGACGUCAACAAACCAAAAAACGAAAGAAAAAAGCUGGUCCGUUGGAACUGAAUUCUUUAUGGAGACGCACAAGAGCACCGCCUCUAAAAAGAGUCACAGUGAAGAGGAAGAAGAGGUGAAUGCAGAAGUUGCAGAAUCUACAGGACCCUGCUGUGUUCCGAUGAAGAGCAAUGAAUACAUGCCACAGUCACCCCCUAAGUUCAGUGAUGGAACAGCGACAUUUAACCCCAGAGUAAAAAGAAAAAGAGCAGCACAACCAGAACCCAGCUGCUUUUCUAUAAAGAGUGACACAUCCAUGCCAGAACCCUUAGUUUUGGAGAUGGAGCAAAUGGCAUCUAAAAUAUCAGUGAUAAAAAUCCAUUCAGCACAACCAGAACCCAGCUGCUUUUCUAUAAAGAGUAACACAUCCAUGCCAGAACCCCUUAGUUUUGGAGAUGGAGCAGUGACCUUUAAGCUCAGAGAUGAUGAGAUUGGAGACCUGCACAAGGAUUCUCAACAACCAAUACAUGAUGAAUUACAAAGGGUCAAAGGCCAAAACAAAACCAGUAUGAAGAACAAGUAUGAGAGCUUAUUUGAGGGAAUAAAACUUCAAGAGAAUCAAACCCUUCUGAACAGAAUCUACACACAACUUUACAUUAUAGAGGGAGAGAGCAAAGGAGUGAAUGAGGAACAUGAGGUUUUACAGAUAGAGAAAGCAGCCAAAAUACAAGACACUCCAAUCUACUGCAAUGACAUUUUUAAACACUUAUCUGAACCAGGAUGUAAAAAGAAUGAAAAUAAUAUAAAGACUGUUCUUACUAAAGGAAUCGCUGGAAUUGGAAAAACCGUCUCUGUGCAGAAGUUCAUUCUGGACUGGGCCGAGGGAAAAGCCAAUCAGGAUGUAGACUUCAUGUUUGUGCUUCCAUUUCGAGAGCUGAACUUGAUUAAAGAUCAUCAGUACAGUCUUCACAGACUUCUGCUUGACUUUUAUCCUGAACUUGAAGAUCUGGACUCAAAUAUUUAUGAGGAGUGUAAAGUUGUGUUCAUCUUUGAUGGUUUGGAUGAAAGCAGAAUUUCACUGAUGUUUUCAGAUGUUCAGAAAGUUUGUGAUGUGACUCAGACUUCAUCACUGGGUUUGUUGAUAUCAAACCUGAUGAAAGGAGAUCUGCUUUCCUCUGCUCUCAUCUGGAUCACCUCCAGACCAGCGGCAGCCAAUCAGAUCCCCACCAAAUACAUCAGCCGUCUUACAGAAAUUCAGGGAUUCAAUGACCUUCAGAAGGAGGAAUAUUUUAGGAAGAGAAUCAGUGAUGAGCAUCAAGCAAACAGAAUCAUCUCACACAUCAGAAGGGCAAGAAGCCUCCACAUUAUGUGUCACAUCCCUGUCUUCUGCUGGAUCUCAUCCACUGUGCUUCAGAAGCUCCUGGAUGAAGGUCUGAGUGAGGAAAUCCCUCAAACUCUGACUGAAAUGUACAUUCACUUCCUGCUGAUUCAGGUCAAUAGGAGGAAUCAGAAAUAUGAAGAGAAAGAUCCAGAGAAAGUCUUGCAGUCCAACAGAGAAGUGAUUGUGAAACUUGCUGAACUUGCUUUUAAACAGCUGGCAAAGGGAAAUGUUACAUUCUACAAAGAGGACAUGAGUGAGAGCAACAUAGACAUCACUGAUGCAUCAGUGUAUUCUGGGAUUUGUACUGAGAUCUUUAAGGAGGAAUCUGUCAUUCAUCAAAAGAAAGUCUACUGUUUCAUACAUUUGAGUUUUCAGGAGUUUCUAGCUGCUUUCUAUGUGCUUUACUGUCAUCUUCUAGAGAAAAUGGAGCAAUUGCAGUUGUUUUUUAUAAAUAUACAAACAUUUAAGGAAAUCCCUUUGUGUCAGCUGCUAAUAUCAGCAGUUGAUCAAACUCUUCAGAGAAACGGACACCUAGAUCUUUUUUUGCGAUUCCUGCUGGGUGCCUCACUGGAGUCUAAUCAGAGACUCUUACAGGAUCUACUGCCACACACAGUGAAAAGCUCAAAGGCAAUCAGAGAAACUACACAGUAUAUUAAAGAGAAAAUCAAAAGAGACGAUUUUCAGAAUGAUAUCUCAGCUGACAGAUCCAUCAAUCUAUUCCUCUGUCUUCUGGAAAUAAAUGAUGAGACUCUGUACAGAGAGAUUCAGGACUUUGUGAAAUCAGACAAAAACUCAGAGAAGAAACUUUCUCCUGCUCACUGCUCAACAAUAGCCUACAUGAUUCAGAUGUCAGAGAAGGUGCUAGAUGACUUUGAUCUGAAGAAAUACAACACAUCGACUGUGGGUAGAUGGAGACUGAUACCUGCUAUGAUGAACUGCAAAAAAGCUCUGUAA